UACCGGCGAUGACGUCACCCCGCACCUCUGAGCUCUGUGCUCUAUAACAGCAUCAUCCGCAGGAUCUGGGGGAGAAGAAAUAAAUAAAUAAAUAAAGACAUUAUUUUAUCUUUCCAAGGCAUCGGACGCCGGAGUCACGGUGCUGCGACAUGGACGAGCAAAAGGAGUCUCUCCAAAAAAUCGUCAACACGUUGGCGCUGAAAAAUGAGGAGAUUCAGAACUUCAUCUGCUGCCUGAAGCAAAAUCUACAGAACCUGGAGGCAAACUCCACCCGUGUUCAGGAGGAUCUGGAGUCAGAGUUCAGCUCUCUGCAUGCCGUUCUGGAUGAGCUGAAGGAGGGAAUGAUGACCCGAAUCAAGCAGGAGCGAGCCAGUCGCACUUACGAUUUUCAGAAUCAGUUGAGCGCCUGUACAAAGGCCCUGGAAAGUUCUGAGGAGCUGCUGGAAAUGGCCAAUCAGACGCUCUGCUCAUCUGAGAUGGAUGGCUUCGCUCAGGCGGCUAAAGACAUAAAGGAUAGUGUUACCAUGGCCCCAGCCUUUCGUAUCUCUCUGAAAGCUAAAGCGAGUGACAGUAUGAGCCACCUGAUGGUGGACUUCACUCAGGAGCGAGAGAUGCUUCAGGCUAUCAAAUUUCUCCCAGUUCCUGCUACUCCGGAGAUCGUAGAGUCUGAGUGUCAGGUGUGUGAUAACUCCGUCACAGUGCUCUGGACUUUACCGGAACCGGACUCUAAAAUCGACCACUACAUCCUUGAGUACCGGAGAACGAACCACGAGGGGCCUCCACGCGCUCGAGAGGAGCAUCCCUGGAUGGUGGUGGAGGGGAUUAAAGAGACACAGUUCACGCUCACAGGUCUUCGCUUCGACACACGCUACAUGACAUUUCGGGUGAAAGCGUGCAAUAAAGCUGUAGCAGGAGAAUUCUCCGAGCUGGUUACUCUGGAGACAUCUGCGUUUGUGUUUAAGCUGGACUCGGGUUCGGCUCACCAGAACCUGAAGGUGGAGGACCUGAGUGUGGAGUGGGACAGCAGCGGAGGGAAAACGCCCAUCCAGGACAUCCGCAAGGAAAAGAACAGAACCAGCUCUCCUAUGCACUCUCCGGCCAGGACGGCCAUGAUGUCUCCGAAGAGAGCACCGUCAGCGCGGGUGGGUCGAGACCGCUUCACGGCCGAGUCCUACACCGUCCUGGGUGACACCAUGAUUGAUUCAGGGCAGCACUACUGGGAGGUUCGCUUCGAUAAAGAGAGCAAGGCGUUUGCCGCGGGCGUGGCGCUGCGCUCUCUCGGACGAUUCGAUCAGCUGGGGAAGAGCGGCGCCUCCUGGUGCAUCCAUCUCAACAACUGGCUGCAGCAGAGCCUCAGCGCCAAGCACAACAACAAGGCCCGCACGCUGGACUGCCCCAUCCCUGACCGCAUGGGCAUCUACUGCAACUACGACGAGGGCACACUGUCUUUCUACAACGCCAAAACUAAAAGCCUCCUGCAUACCUUCAGGGCCAAGUUCCAGCAGCCGGUUAUUCCAGCUUUUAUGGUGUGGAACGGGAGCUUCUCGGUUCAGAUGGGUCUUCAGGUUCCCACCAUAGUGCAGUGUGGUCAGAAAAGGAGCAGCAACGCCAGCAGCUCCAACGCCAGCCUUACCUAGACCUCUACUCGUCCUCCUCCGCUCGUCUUCCUCCACUGCUUCGUAGAACUGUCGCCUGUCACUCAGGCUCUUAGAGGCAGCGGAAACUCCCCAAGUUUUUACCCCGGAUGUCUGGAAAUGGAGAGAGAGAAAAAAAGUGAGAGAAGCAGUGUCUCUAUCUCUCUGUGCCUUUCAGUCUUCUCGUUUCAUCCAUGAACACAGACUUACACACAGCAGUGUGGCUGAAAUCACCGUGCAGCUUCACUACACUCCUGUCAACUCUCUCGUCUUGCUGAGGACAAACCUGAGGUGACAUUCGGACUGGUCAAGAUUUGACAUGUUUCUCACACGUCCACAAAAUAUUUGUCAGAUACAUGGAAAACAGAUUUCUGUGGACACGUUUGUGAGGUUACAGUGGGAAUGAAGGUUUCUCUGAAUGCGAGAGCAUUAUUUAGUGAAUGUUAGUGUUUGUGUGAAUGCGAGAGCAUUAUAUGAGUGAAUGUAGUGUUUACGUGUGAAUGUGAGUGCAUUUCAUGAAUGUCAGAGUGUGAAAGCGAGAGCAUUAUGAGUGAAUGUUAGUGUUUACGUGUGAAUGUGAGUGCAUUUCAUGAAUGAAUGUCAGAGUGUGAAAGCGAGAGCAUUAUGAGUGAAUGUUAGUGUUUACGUGUGAAUGUGAGUGCAUUUCAUGAAUGAAUGUCAGAGUGUGAAAGCGAGAGCAUUAUGAGUGAAUGUGUUGUUUUUGUGUGUGUGAAUGCGAGAGCAUUGUUUGAGUGAAUGUGUUGUUUUUGUGUAAAUGCGAGAGCAUUAUUUGAGUGAAUGUUAGUCUUUUAGUGUGAUUGCGAGAGCAUUUUAUGAAUGUGGGUGUUUGUAUGAAUGCGAAAAUAUUUUUUCUAAUGAAUGUUAGUGUUCGUGUGAUUGUGAGAGCAUUCCAUGAGUAUAUGUAGAGUAUUUGUGUGAGUGAAUGUGAGAGCACUGUGUGAGUGAAUGUGAUGUUUUUGUGUGUGAGAAUGCGAGAGCAUUGUUUGUUUGAGUGAAUGUGAUGUUUUUGUGUGAAUGCGAGAGCGUUUUGUGAGUGAGUGCAAGUGCAUUUUGUGGGCAUAUGCGGUAAAAUUCAGUGCGAGUGUUGAAACGCAAGUGCAUUUUAUCUGAGGUACAGUCUAAUGGUGAAUAUGAAUCGUUUUUUAAUUUCGGGUCAAAUUGUGAAAGUGAGCGUCUUUUUGUUGGUGUUUGUUUUUGUGUGAAUGCGAGAGCAUUUUGUAGGUGUAUGUCUGAAGUUAAAUUGCGAAGGCAUCCGUUCCGUGCGAGUGUUUUGUGAGUAUAUCGGAGUUAAAUUUGCGAGCAGGUGAGAGGUGAACUUGUGAAAUUGAGUGCUGUUUUGUGUGAAUGUGAGAGCAAUUUAUGGGCACAGGUCUGAAACGAAUGCUCUCACAUGCAUUUGUACACACGUGAAAGGUAAAUGUGAAUUUAAGAGCAUUUUAUGUGAUUUGUGAGAUUUUGAGAGUGUGAGGGAUAGAAUUUGAUGAACAGCCUGAAUGCCACCUCACAACAAACCAAAAUAUUAUAUAUCUAUAUUUUCAUUUCUUUUUAAUGAACUGAUUUCAGUCAUGUGUGGCUUUGUUUUAACGGCGUUUCACACUGAAUGUCUUUGAUCAUGGGGGUUAAUUGUAAUUCUGACGCUUCUCCAGUCAACCAUGUGUUCCAUUCAGAGACAGUUUAGCACAUGAGCUUAAUGAAUGCUAGUAGUAAAACGCUUCCUAUAGAAUAUAUACAACAUUAUUGUGCCAGCAGACGUCCAUGUGGAGGGACUGUGUGUGUGUGAGAGAGAGAGAGAGAGAGAGAGAGAGAGAGAUAGAUAGAGUGAGUGUGUGUGUGUGAUUGUGUGAGUGAGUGUGUGAGUGAGUGUGUGAGUGAGUGUGUGAGUGAGUGUGUGAGUGAGUGUGUGAGUGAGUGUGUGUGUGUGUGUGUGUGAGUGUGUGUGUGUGAUUGUGUGAGUGAGUGUGUGAGUGAGUGUGUGUGUGAGUGAGUGUGUGAGUGAGUGUGUGAGUGAGUGUGUGAGUGAGUGUGUGAGUGAGUGUGUGAGUGAGUGUGUGAGUGAGUGUGUGAGUGAGUGUGUGAGUGAGUGUGUGAGUGAGUGUGUGUGUGAGUGUGUGUGUGAGUGAGUGUGUGAGUGAGUGUGUGAGUGAGUGUGUGAGUGAGUGUGUGAGUGAGUGUGUGUGUGUGUGAUGAUGUACCAUAGUGUAUUGCUGCCUUUCUCCUCUGAAGAUGAACAGGUCGUACUUGUUUUUUUUUGUUUUUUUGCACACAGGACAAAAGUGGACUAUUCUAGUUUCCUCCACAAAUAUGUACAAUAUUUUAUCAUGUCUUUGGGAGUAUGUGCGUAGAGAUCACGUUACUGAAUAUUACGCUCAGAGGUCACCUUACUGAAUAUUCCGCUCUGCUGACCGAACGCUUGGACGCUCUUUUUUUUUUU